CUGUCAUUCCAACUUCUAAGCUACUCAGGAAACUAUAUUCCUGCUGUGUGUUUCUGCUCAUUGUCUCAUCAGUCUCAAACAGCAUGGGUCGCCAGAAGGCAUUGCUGGACAAAAUGGCCCGGACCUUACAAAUCCGGAACCUGCUGCUUCGUCAGGCCCUGGCAGAGUGUCUAGGCACUCUUAUCCUUGUGAUGUUUGGCUGUGGUUCUGUAGCUCAGCUGGUUCUGAGUGGUGGUACCCAUGGGAUGUUCCUCACUGUCAACUUUGCCUUCGGUUUUGCUGCCACCUUAGGCAUCCUGGUAUGCGGCCAGGUAUCAGGUGGCCAUCUGAAUCCUGCAGUCACCUUUGCCCUGUGUCUGCUUGGAAGAGAGCGCUGGAGAAAGUUCCCCAUGUAUUUCCUCUUUCAGACAAUUGGUGCUUUUUUCGGUGCUGCUAUCAUUUUUGGCAUGUACUAUGAUGCCUUGUGGGACUUUCCAGAAGCUUACAAUGUGACUGACCCUGAAGCCACAGCUGGCAUCUUUGCUACCUUCCCUGGAAAACAUCUCACCAUUCUUAAUGGUUUCUUUGAUCAGAUGAUUGGCACAGCUGCUCUGAUCGUUUGCAUUCUGGCUAUUGUGGAUCCAUUCAACAACCCCAUCCCACAAGGGCUGGAGGCCUUCACUGUGGGAUUUGUGGUUCUGGUCAUCGGACAGUCUAUGGGCUUUAAUUCUGGCUAUGCUGUAAAUCCUGCCAGAGACCUUGGACCACGUAUUUUCACUGCUGUGGCCGGAUGGGGGGUAGAUGUUUUCACGGUUAGAAAUGGCUGGUUCCUGGUGCCUAUUUUUGCCCCGUUCAUUGGCACUAUUAUUGGUGUGGUGAUCUACCAGCUGAUGGUUGGUUUCCAUGUGGAGGGAGAGGUCCGCGACAAAAAAGCGAAAAUGGAGGAAGAAAACAUUCGACUAACCAAUGUCAAUUCCAAAGCCAAUUCCAAAGAGGCCAGCAAAGACAUGCUCUAAAUCUGUUGGAAAUAUGCAGCUAAUCACUUCAAAACAUGCACAUGUAAAUACUGUCAGUCCACAACUUUUCCUUUCUGACGCAGCUGUAUUUUUUAAAAAACACAUUUCUAGCUAUUGGAACGUGUCCCAAGAAAAUUCUGUCUGUUAAUUAAGUCAAUUUUCUCUAUGUUGUUGCAAAAGUGUAUUAUAUUGUAGAAGAACUAUGUACAGUAUGAGAAAAAACAAAUUUUGAAAUGCAAAAUAAGAUGACUUCUUCUAAGACAUUUACAUUUUGGGCUUAGCGUCUAUCUCACUUUAAUGUUAACAGUAUUGUAUCCUCUGUACCCUUUUAGUUUGCAGAAUUUUAUACUGUUUUGUAUUCCAUAUAUACAAUAAACAUAUUUGUCUUUAACAGUUUGUUUUAUUUUUCUUUUUUUGCAUUUUCUUUGUUCAGAUAUUUUAAAAGUUCAGCUAAAGCUUUCCGUUUUUAAUUUUAGGAAAUAUUCCAACGUCUGACAUUUAACUGUACGUUUCACUCAUUAUAAGCCUAAAUACGUUUAAGUGUUUUGAUCCUCUUGAGUCAAGAGGAUCAAAACACUUAUGUGUAUAUAGUCUACAGUCUAGACUAUAUGAACUGUGCUGUCUGAGCUGACAGAUGGCAGUGAGGCUUUUCCCACAACAUGAACUUCUUUGCCAUUACUUUCAUUAACCAGCGAUUAUAAGCUGUUCUUAUAUACAUUCAACGACCAAUUCACAAGUGAUAGUUUGUAUUUUGAUGUUAUUCAGUAAGGAGAGCAGAUUGGAACUGUUUUUCCAAAACAGAUAAAUGUUAUAUAAAGAGUCUUCUAUUUCUGUUAUUUGCUGCAGUGCAUUCUGCCAUAGAAAUUCUUUUUUGUUAUAGUCUCACAAUAUUUUUUAGUUUUUCUUUCUUAAUUCUCUAUUGAUAUGUUAAGCAUUAUUAUUAUUGUUAUUGUUAUUGUUAUUAUUAAGUAGAAAUACUGUAUGCAAAAGAUCUUUACUUAGCUUAACCAUAAUCAGAAGCAUCUAGACUAUAGUGCUUUCAACUGUGCUACUAUUAUUGUGCUCGGUGUACAGAAAUGUAUUAAUAGCCCAACGUUUAUACCCGUUGAUGUGUGUAUAAACUGUGUAUCUAUGGCUGGGUGCAAAACUGGAAUGUGAGUCUUGAAUGUACAAAGGUGGUGGGUAAAUGCUUUUACACCUAAACAAUAAAGUUCUUUGUUGUAUUGUU